CCGCUCCCGUUAUGGCAGCGUCUAGGCCCCGUCACCCGCCUGGCUCAAGCAUACGGAAACUCCCAGAAGAAGAGGCCGUAUGUGACGCAGACCAUCAGCUCCAUCUUCAUCUUCUUCAGCGCCGACCUCUUGGCCCAGAGCAUGAGUGACGACGACUACGAUCCUGUGAGGACGGCGCGGAAUGUCUUUAUCGGGGCAGGCACUGCCAUUCCGGCAUAUCAAUGGUUCAAGUUCCUUGCUACACGCUUCAACUACAAGUCCCGUGUGCUGUCGCUGGGCGUCAAAAUCGUCCUGAACCAGCUCCUCUUCGCAACCUACAUGAAUGUCUACUUCUUCAGCAUGCAGGCCCUGCUCUCCGGCGACGGCAUCAGCGGCGCUGUUCAGCGAGUGAGAGACACUCUGCUCACCAGCUGGAUCAACUCCUGCAAGAUCUGGCCCAUCGUCAUGGCUUUCAAUCUCUCCUAUGUGCCGCUGGAGUACCGAGCGCUUUUUGCCGGCAUCAUCAACCUUGGAUGGCAGGCUUAUCUGAGUCUCCUGAACAGGUGGGCUGAGGUUCGCGAG